UUUCAUACUCUGUAUUCGCGUUUGUUCACCAGGUAUAUAUCAAUGGAAAAGCAAUAGAAAUACUCGAAUACCAGCUAUAACAGAUACUUGGGCUCGGAAACAUAAAAAAUAUCACAAAAUUGAAUUUGUUUACUGGGAACAAUGGCACGGCCAACAAUCCGCGCCUCGGUGAAGUUAUCCCUUUGGAUGAUGACAUAAAACUUAUACAGCUACCCGGUACAGCUGAUAUUUCAUAUCCACCACAAAAGAAAAGUUUCGCGAUGCUGAAAUUCAUUUAUGAUAAUCAUUUAAACGAUUUUGAAUGGUUUGUGCGAGCUGAUGACGAUAGUUACAUAAAAGUUGACAAACUCGUGAAAUUGUUAAGCAGGGUUAAUUCUUCAAAACCUUAUUACAUUGGACGACCAAAACAAGGAAAACCGAUCGAUUCUAUGAACCCUUUGGAUAUUUACUGUGUGGGUGGUAGCGGAAUGCUAUUCUCACGGAAACUAUUGAAUUUAAUCGGUCCACAUCUAGAAUCAUGUCUUAGUGAAAUGUACUCCGGACACGAAGACGUAGAAAUUGCACGAUGCAUAAGAAAGCAUACGGGCAUAGCCUGCUCUGACAGCAAUGAAUCGAUGGAUAUGUUUUAUCAAAAUUAUGGUGGAAAAAGUCGUAAGAAUAUUUAUGGUCGAAAUAUUAGAAAUAUUUCGAGGAAAAACAGAACCAACGCAAUAUCAUUUCAUGCAAAUAAAGACCCAAAAUAUCAAUAUAAACUUCACAUUGGAGUAUUGCGAGACCAAAUCAGAACAUUGUUGAAGACAAUCACAAACUCUAGGGCUGCAGCAUCAUUCAUAAAUAGGCUACUUUGAUGACGCGUUUAUAGUACUACCUGUCUUUCAUCUGCUGCCAUUUUUAUUGUCAAGCACGUGUAAUAUACUAUUUCCAGCAUUUUGGAUGAUGGUUUCACACUGAAUUGUAAUUGAUAUAUAUAUUUAUAUAUGAAUCAAUAAUGUAGAAAAUGGGUCGCAGACUUUGGCAUGAUAACUGGCAUGAAUUCCACUUUGCAAUUGGCUUGUAUAUGCAAUUUCAUUUCCAUCGGGAUGAUUCUAAAAUUAACAGGUUAGAAGUUCUCCAUGUUUUUUUACUGAAGUUUUAUUAGCCAGAUGACAACGUUUUUGUGGCUACGGUUUCAUUCAAUCAAAAAGAAAUAUUUUUUUGAAAUUUAUACUGCUUUUGAAAAAUGUUUCGC